GAGCGUAAUCAACAAAUCUGGGUCGCUGGGGUAAGGACUUCUGUUUUUGGCUGUUGACGGGUACAUAGCUCCAUGCCUCUGGAAAUACCUACGCCAUUGACUUCACUGAAGUCGUCGAGUUUUCAUCGAUCCAGCUCUUACCCUGCAGACUCGCAGUUGCAAAUCGUAGGACUAAAUGCUCAAGAUGAAUUGGAAACUCCAUUUCCUAACGGCCAGCGUGGCGCAUGCGGCGUUACGUUUCGGCUGCUCUACAGUCUCAGUCCAGAGACUCGAUCCACUUGUCGAGCCCGGAGCGAACCCGUCGUCCCAUGUUCACCAGAUCGUGGGUGGAAAUGCCUUUGCACCAACGAUGAAGGGCGAUAUUGGCGAGCAAGCAAACUGCACAACUUGCGUGUACACCGAGGACUUCAGUAACUACUGGACCGCUGUGAUGUACUUCAGACACGAAAACGGCAGCUACAAGCGCGUGCCACAAUACCCGAACGCGCAACUUGGGCACAACGACACCAACAUCAAAGGCGGCAUGACGAUAUACUACACCGAGAAGGACUUUUCCAGCGACGGGGACCAGUACAUCACUGGCUUCGCCCCGGGCUUCCGCAUGACCGUAGGCAGUCCUACAGUGAACAACAAGACGAAUGGAACGAACCCUGGGCUGGCGUAUACGUGCCUGCAGUCGAUACUGACGCGCGGGUCGGAGACGCCAGAUUUUCCGAAGAAGCCCUGUCCAGCGGGUAUUAUGGCCAUCCACCAUUUCCCCGCCUGUUGGGACGGCAAGAACCUCGACUCCCCAGACCACCAGUCCCACAUGUUCUCCACGACACGCGGCCACUUCCUCGAAGCCGGGCCGUGCCCCGCCUCCCACCCCGUCCGGGUCCCCCAAGUCGCCUAUGAAACAAUGUGGAACACGACGGCCUUUGCGGACAUGUGGCCGUCAGACGGGUCGCAGCCGUUUGUGUGGAGCUUCAUGGGGAACGGGUACGGGACGCAUGCGGACUACUUGUUUGGGUGGAAGGGGGAUAGUUUGCAGCGUGCGAUUAAUGAUACGUGCAUGUUUCAUGGGUGUGGCAGUCCGGGCGUGCAGGGCGUGCUGAAGACGCAGACGGUGGAAGAGAUGAACAAGUGUGAGGCGAGGACGGCGGUCGAGGAGGAUGUUGAUGGGUGGUUGGAUGAGUUGCCGGGGAUGAACAUGGGAGGGGUUGUGUAG